UCUUUGCAGCCAGCAGUUGAACAUCAAAGUGGAACAGGAGGAACCAGAAGAAACUAAAGAGGAACAAGAACCUCUACAGGUUAAAGAGGAACAAGAGGAGCAAGAACCUCCACAGGUCAAAAUACAACGAGGAUCCACAACAAAAUUUUGCAUCAGUUGCAAAGCAGGGAUAGCGGUGGCCACAAAGACGUGUAAAAUAUGCAAGAUGGAGCAGCCACAAAAACUAAGGGGAACAAAAAUGCUUGAAAGGUUUAAAGCCAAGAAGGAGAGGUGGUUGCAGAGCCAAAAGAAAAACGGACAGAGCUUACGCGUUUUGGAUGAGGCGUCGGUUUUGGUGGAAAAGUUUCAUACCUUGGGUUAUAAAGCUGUGGUGUUUGCUGCCAGACCAGGAAGAAUUCCAUCCAAGUGGCGUACCCAUGUCAUCCACCCCAGGUGGCAGUUAGCAGAUCCGGUUGGGAAGUUCCUGGACCAGAUGAAAGUCUCAUUUGAGCUUAUGAUCACUGGUUGGACAAACCAGCAACUGUCCAGUACUCCAGACAUCCAACCGUCAACAUCACCUGCAAUCCAGCCUUCAGUCUUAACUAUAACCCAGGAGCCAGCCUCAGAUGUUCCUGCAAAGAAGAAGAAAAGAAGAAACAACAAAGAAGAAUUAUCUGAAGAAUGCAGCCAUACUAUUGGGGGAAAAGAUCAGUGUUACCGAGUGAAGAAAGUCUUGAGGACAAAAAGGCAGAAGGGGAAACUCAUGGAGUUUGUUGAAUGGGAGCCUUGUGCUGUGUGUGGGAAGACGUGGUCUCCACAAUGGGUGAAAAAGAGGCACACAAAAAAAUAAACGCCUAAAGCCUCUGAUGACCAGAUUUACCUUUUAAUUAUAUUGAUAAUGUUGUUGUUGUUGUUGUUGUGCAAAUGCUUUUACAUUUUUGUUAUUAAAUUUGAAAAAUGAAAAAGUGUGAUCUGGAUAUUUGAAUGCAAAACAUGUAUAAUUUAUCGUAGAACUAGGACACUAUUGUUGUAAACUGUAUAAUAAAGCAAAAGCCAUGAUAAAUAAUACAAACUUUGAGUUUCCCAAAGAUGAAUGUUACUUCCGCUGUAAAGAUUUAUGGGUUGUGAAGAAUUUUUUUUUUAUAUACUAAAUGAUAUUUUUUAAAAAUUAUUUUAUUUUUGUAGAAACCGGCUCUUUUGAUUCGGGUGGGAAGUCUCCGGAACUUUGCUGUCCCCGCUACCUGAUCCUUUAUUUCUUUAUAGAGUUUAUUACGAACUCUCAUUCUCAAAAUGUUUUUACCUGUGGUGCAAAUCUUACUUUACACUCCUGCUCUGUUUCUCGAACCUGCAUCAACUGUCGGGGUCCCAGUCGGGGAGAAGGGUCUUGCCCCGGAAAGGGUCUGGUUUCAACUCUCCUUUAAAAAGAUCACAGAUUGCAGCUGUAGAUUUUAUGAAAAUCUUUUCCUCGACAGGAGCUCCCUCUCAGUUUUGGAGAGGUUAUCUGGCUCGAUGGACUAAUUUGUCAAAGCUAUUUCUG